UCAGAUGCCAUAAAUACUAUCCCGAGCUAAAGGUUGGUGGGUCGAAGAGGCCAUCAGGUCGUCGAGAAAGCUCCCAGACUCGCCAAUUCUUGGCUAGCAUAGCUAGGGCGGGACCAUUUAGGCACUGCAACUUUGCAAGUAUCAACUCAUAAGAGUAGGGGAAACCAUGGAGGGAGGAGCCAAGUAGAAGGCUGUUUGACAUUGGGAAGAACGGUGGAGGAGUACAUCGAUCAAGAACUGAUGGAAGAUGGCGGUGCUCCAAGAAGGUCUACUCCGCCUACUCGGAGAAGCAGAUUAGCUGAGUUCCACAAUUUCUCUGAAAGGAGGAGAAGGGAUAGGAUCAAUGAGAAGCUCAAGGCACUGCAAGAGUUACUUCCGAAUUGCACCAAGACCGACAAAGUGUCCAUGCUAGAUGAAGCGAUCGACUACCUGAAAUCACUUCAGCUGCAACUUCAGAUCAGCAGAUCUGCUGCUUGGAUGCUGGUCAUGGGGAAGGGAAUGGCACCAGUGGUGCCUCCUGAGCUGCAACAAUACAUGCACUACAUCACAGCUGAUCCUGCCCAGGUGCCUCCCUUGCGCCCCUCCCAGCCCCGGCCGUUUCAGAUAACUCAAGCCAACCCGCAGCGACAGUCUAACGUCGAGUCAGACUUCUUGAGCCAGAUGCAGAACUUGCACCCUUCUGAGCCACCUCAGAACUUCCUCAGGCCACCAAAAUUACAACUUUAUACACCGGGGGGUAGCCUAGCUGGCACGAGUCAUAACGGUGGGUGGAUUUCUGAGAGGAGUUCCUCGUACAACUUUAUGGAAUGAUCAAUGAUGUGCUCCUGAUGAUGAACUUUGAUACCAGAUACAGUCUUGUCUGAAGAGAGCUUUCAGUCUGGGACGUACAACAUGGUUCUUCUCAGAGAGGUUCAUGAAUGUGUGGUUUACUAGCUAGUUGUGUUCUUGAAUAAAAAGAUGUGAUGUUGCUUAUUUGCUA